GCGCCCCGCGCGCCCCGCACUGACAUGGCCGUCGCCCGGGUCCACGCUUCCGGCGCGCGCCGGCCGUUUAUAGGCAUGCUCACUAAGCGCCCCGCACCGACAUGGCGGCCGUCCUCGGUGGGGUGACUUCAACUCUCGGUUUUCGGUUAUAGCCGGCUGGCGCUCACUUGUCUUCGGGAAGCUCGGAGCCUUUGGUGGAGCCGGGGAGAGGAAGGGUGGGUGCAAGAGUGAAAGGCGAGAGGGGACUGCAGGCAUCCGGGCCGGCUCCUGGCCGGAGCAAGAUGGCUGAGGGCGAGCGGCAGCCGCCGCCAGAUUCUUCGGAGGAGGCCCCUCCAGCCACUCAGAACUUCAUCAUUCCAAAAAAGGAGAUCCACACAGUUCCAGACAUGGGCAAAUGGAAGCGUUCUCAGGCAUACGCUGACUACAUCGGAUUCAUCCUUACCCUCAACGAAGGUGUGAAGGGGAAGAAGCUGACCUUCGAGUACAGAGUCUCCGAGGCCAUUGAGAAACUAGUUGCUCUUCUCAACACACUGGACAGGUGGAUUGAUGAGACUCCUCCAGUGGACCAGCCCUCUCGGUUUGGGAAUAAGGCAUACAGGACCUGGUAUGCCAAACUUGAUGAGGAAGCAGAAAACUUGGUGGCCACAGUGGUCCCCACCCAUCUGGCAGCUGCUGUGCCUGAGGUGGCUGUUUACCUAAAGGAGUCAGUGGGGAACUCCACGCGCAUUGACUACGGCACAGGGCAUGAGGCAGCCUUCGCUGCUUUCCUCUGCUGUCUCUGCAAGAUUGGGGUGCUCCGGGUGGAUGACCAAAUAGCUAUUGUCUUCAAGGUGUUCAAUCGGUACCUUGAGGUUAUGCGGAAACUCCAGAAAACAUACAGGAUGGAGCCAGCCGGCAGCCAGGGAGUGUGGGGUCUGGAUGACUUCCAGUUUCUGCCCUUCAUCUGGGGCAGUUCGCAGCUGAUAGACCACCCAUACCUGGAGCCCAGACACUUUGUGGAUGAGAAGGCCGUGAAUGAGAACCACAAGGACUACAUGUUCCUGGAGUGUAUCCUGUUUAUUACCGAGAUGAAGACUGGCCCAUUUGCAGAGCACUCCAACCAGCUGUGGAACAUCAGCGCCGUCCCUUCCUGGUCCAAAGUGAACCAGGGUCUCAUCCGCAUGUAUAAGGCUGAGGUGAGUGGGGGCUGGCCAGCGUGCCCGUCCCUGCUGCCGCACUUGGUCCUGGGCUGGGGACAAAGCGAAAGAUGUGGAGCCUGGGGCUCCUGCUUCCUCCUACCCCACUGUUUUGCUCUGAAUCUUAGGCCAGCCCCUCUGACACUUGGGGCCUUGGAAUCUCCCAUCUGGGGCAUGGGCAGUCAGAGAAGCACCAGCCACCCCAGCCCUGAAAAGCUGCAGCCCAGCUCUGUCCUGAUGAGCUUGGAGGCUGAGGCAAGGACCUGCUGCGUGGGGAGUUGGGGCGAUGGGGGCCUCCCUUCUCCCUUGUCAAGUGGCCGAAGGCUCCUCGAGGCUCAGGCAGUCUGAGUCUGGCUCUCCCAUGGCAUACCUGGGAAGGGUCUUACCCUUUGGAGGCAUCUCCAAAGUUCUGCCUUCAAAUGUUAGUGUGUAUGAUCACUGAGUGGUGAGAGGUCUGAGGGUAGGCCGGGAAUUGGCAUUUUUAUGGACUGCUUCAGGGAUUUUGAUGCAAAUGAUUUUGCCUGCUCUCAAAUCAGAUGCCGAGGAGAGGAGAGCUGAGGUUUCCUGGAGCUCCCCCUGCUGGCAGGCAGCCGAGGGUGUCUCCUGCCCUCUUGGCACCGUUCUCCCAGCCAAGGAGGUGGCCUUUUCUCUCUUCCAAGUGGGGAGGAGACAUUUUAUUUCUACUCUGUCCCUUCUGCUAGCUCCUCCCACUUCCUGGGAAGACUAAUUCUAGAACUGCUUGACCUUGGCCAGGGAAGGGCUGGAUGUGAAGUUCUACACCUGGAGUGAUGGGUCCCUAAAGUCCCUUCUUUCUGUUCUCAGGCUGGCCCUGGUGACUAGUUCAUGGCCUCAGACACUGUACUGUGGGCACCAUCUCUUGUCUCCUGGCCGGCCUUCUCCUCUGGGAAGGGGCUGCUCCAAGUCUUCAUUGGACCCAGAGCUUCCUGGAUCCCAUCAGAGGCGGGACAACGGGGAAGGGCCCCAGAGGCCAGCGGGGUGGGGGAGCACGGAUGCUUCCAGUUGGCUUGGCUCCCUGCACUUGGUCCUGAAGGGGUUAACAAGGCUUGAACUGAGCAAAUGGGGCCCUCUCUCCCUUCCGCCCCCUCCCGCUUUGGUCCCCUUCCUCUGGACCUCACAUCCUGUGUUUAGGUUCCAGCCCACAUACCUCUCUAAUCUGAGAUGCCUGAGAGCCCGUUGGCUGGAGCUGCCUCGGCUCCUUCCGGCUGCAGCUGGCCACCCCCGGCUCUCCACUCCGACUCUGCCCUGGGUCACUGCCCUCUGGUGUCCUGAUGUUCCUGACCCCACCUCCGCCUGUCCCGCAGUGGGGGCUGCUGGGGAACUCUCACUCUGCUGUGCCCCCCGCCCCUCCCCCAGGGUGUCUGAGCAUGUGAGAGGUGCACAGCGCCCUCCAGCCACCUCCCAAACCCAACCCUUGUGUGCCAAAGAGAGGACUCUGGCUGCCUUCCCUGCUUGGUACCUGAAGUACUGUCUUCUCUACAAGCCUCUUAAUUCAAGUGACUCUAAACUUCUCUUGACUCAGGCUCUAAGGCCCAAAGGAUAGGGCAAGAGACCGUGUCCCUUUCUCUCACCUGCCCUUCCAGAGACAAAAGAACUCCAGGCUGCCAGAUGAUGAGGGAGGAGCAUAUUCAGAUUGACAAUGGUGAUGGUGUGGCAGGAACACAGGGACUGUCCGCUCUGCACAGGCUGUCGGGGUCUCUGUGGGGGCUGAGCACAGGGUGACAAACACAAGGAGGACACUGAAAAUGACCAACUCAGGAUGGGGGGGCUCUCUAGUAAUCACAAAGUGGCCUUCCUGAAAACGGGAGAUUCUAGCCCUGGGUGUGGCCGGUGCUGUGUGGGGAAGGGGACAGCCUCCUGUAUAGGGUAACGCUGGAACUCCCUGACUUUAAGAUCACCAAGUCAGGCCGGGCGCGGUGGCUCACGCCUGUAAUCCCAGCACUUUGGGAGGCCGAGGCGGGUGGAUCACGAGGUCAGGAGAUUGAGACCAUCCUGGCUAACACAGUGAAACCCUGUCUCUACUAAAAAUAUAAAAAAAUUAGCUGGGCGUGGUGGCAGGCACCUGUAGUCCCAGCUACUCGGGAGGCUGAGGCAGGAGAAUGGCGUGAGCCCAGGAAGUGGAGCUUGCAGUGAGCUGAGAUGGUGCCACUGCACUCCAGCCUAGGCGACAGAGCGAGAC